ACGUGAUUGAAUCCGUUCGUCACGCUGGAAGAUUCGACGUUUCGCAGGCGAAAUGCAGUCAUAGCGCUUCCAACCGCCACUUAUAUUAACAUCUUCCUGUUUCAUACCAUCACUUCCUUGCAUCCAAUUCUCCGUCUUCUUUACACCUGUACACCUAGACGCCUUAUUGUCUAGAUCAUCGACAUGGCCUCCACUACCAAGUACCAAUCCGCUCCUCAGCGCGACUCGCUCGACGAUGGCGCCUACCCUCAGCCGCCUCCUAGUUAUCAGGCUGCAGGCCCUAGUGUCACUGAUGGAGGAUAUGGCACACCUAGAGCUGAGGACGACAACGUCCCAGAUGACUUCAAGUUCGGCGGCUCCGUUUCCGAGGCUACACUCGACAUCCGAAUGCAGUUCAUCCGAAAGGUCUACACCAUCCUGACCGUUCAGCUCCUCCUCACGGCCGCCAUGUCUACCCUCUCAUUCUUCUCCGAGGGCUACAGAAAUUGGAUUCAAACAAACUCAUGGAUGAUGUGGACAUCGCUCUUUGGCGCUAUUGCUUUCAUGCUCCUCACAUUCUGGAAGCGCAAGUCCUACCCUACGAAUCUCCUCUUCCUCGGUGCAUUCACCGGCUUGGAAGCAUACAGCAUCAGCGUUAUCACCUCGUUCUACGAAAGCCGAAUCGUCAUCGAAGCACUCAUCAUCACACUCGGUAUCUUUGUCGCCCUGACCCUCUUUGCAUGCCAGUCCAAGUAUGACUUCACGAGCUGGAUCCCAUACCUUGCUGGCAGCCUGUGGAUCUUCAUCAUCUUCGGGUUCAUGGCUGCCUUCUUCCCUCACACAUCCACCUCCGAGUUGAUCUUUGGUGCAGCCGGUGCUGUGAUCUUCAGUGGUUACAUCCUGGUGGACACUCAGUUGGUCAUGAGACACUAUCACGUGGAGGAAGAAAUUGCCGCCAGCAUCAGCCUUUACCUUGACAUCAUCAACCUCUUCCUCUCUAUCCUCCGAAUUCUCAACAGCCAGAACAACAACUAAACUAGUUGUGUCCAAGAACAUUGUUCACGGAAGGGAUGGAUUGUUGCAAAAGGAAAGUCUUGAGGACAGACGUACCUAGUUCAACUCUGACGUCAGUUCAUUUUUCUACAUGUUCCCGUCCAUGGGCGUAUGGG